CAAAAACAAUGCACGGCAAAAUCGCCCUCGAAGAAGCCUUCGCCCUCCCCCGCCUCGACGCGCAAUCCCGCCGCUGGGCCUCCCUCUUCAGCACCGAUGUCGACAAGCACGUCGCCGAAAUCACAGACAUAAACGCGACGCGCCUGCGCUACGCCGACGCGCACGGCGUCGGCUUCCAGAUCCUCUCGUACACGGCACCGGGCGUGCAGGACAUCUACGACCGCGAAGAGGCGGAUGCGCUCGCCCGCGAGAUCAACGAGUAUAUCGCUGCGCGGGUGCGGGAGGCGCCCGAGGGACGGCUGGGCGCCUUCGCCACGCUCUCGAUGCACGACCCGGCGACCGCGGCCGCCGAGCUGCGCCGCUGCGUCUUCGAGCACGGCUUCCUCGGCGCCCUCGUCAACGACACGCAGCGCUCUGGCCCCGCCGGCGACGACCUCGUCUUCUACGACCGCCCCGAAUGGGACGGCUUCUGGGCCACCUGCACCGAGCUGCGCGUCCCGCUGUACCUGCACCCGCGCAACCCGACCGGCGUCGUCUUCGACAAGCUCUGGAAAGACCGUUCCUGGCUGAUUGGACCGCCCCUCAGCUUCGCGCACGGCGUCAGUCUGCAUCUGCUGGGCAUGGUGACCAACGGCGUCUUUGACCGGCACCCCGACCUGCAGGUCAUUGUAGGGCAUUUGGGCGAGCAUGUCCCGUUUGAUAUGUGGCGGAUAAAUCACUGGUUCGAGGACCGCAAGAAGCUGCUUGGGCUGGCCGAGACGUGCAAGAAGACGAUCCGCGAGUACUUUGCCCAGAAUAUCUGGAUUACCACUAGCGGACACUUUUCGACUACGACGCUGAAUUUCUGCUUGGCCGAGGUGGGCGCCGACCGCAUUUUGUUCUCGAUUGAUUAUCCGUUUGAAUCGUUUGAGGAUGCGUGUGGCUGGUUUGAUGGCGUGCCGUUGAAUGUGACUGAUAAGUUGAAGAUUGGCCGCGAGAAUGCGAAGAAGCUGUUUAGGUUAGGCGAGUACAAGGAUUCCGAUACGCCGUUGACGAAGGAUGGGUAG